AUGGAGUCAGUGACCAAUGUGAACAACGCACACUCGUCUGGCGCCUGUUGUCAAGGCAAACCAUUGCCUGACGUCGCCACCAUCUCUGGCUGCACGUUCAGCAUAGUCAUACAGAUCCCUGACGAGUCCAAUUCUCUUUUCUGCCCCUGGGAUCCUCCCAGCCCCACCAGUGACCCCACUCCCCACCCCGCUCUUCCCCUCAGGAUCGGGUUCGCUGUCGCCCGGCGCCUGGCGCAGGAUGGGGCCCACGUGGUGCUAAGCAGCCGGAAGCAGAGUAACGUGGACCGAGCCGUGGCCGAGCUCCGUGCCCAGAGCCUCAGCGUGUCCGGGACCGUGUGUCACGUGGGCAGAGCCGCCGACCGGGAGCGCCUGGUUGCCACGGCCCUAGAGCGUCAUGGGGGUAUCGACAUCCUGGUCUCCAAUGCGGCCGUGAACCCGUUCUUCGGCAACACUCUCGAGGCCAGCGAGGAUGUGUGGAACAAGAUCCUGCAGAUCAAUGUGACAGCAACAGCAUUGCUGGUUGGCCUGGUCGUGCCCCACAUGGAGAAACGGGGGGGCGGCUCCAUCGUCCUCGUCUCUUCCAUCGCCGGGUUCUCCCCCAUCCCGGCGCUGGGCCCGUACAGCGUCAGUAAAACGGCCCUGCUGGGACUCACCAAGGUCCUGGCGCCCGAGCUCGGCGCCCGCAACAUCCGCAUCAACUGCCUGGCACCGGGGAUCAUACAGACCAACUUCAGCUCUGCCCUGUGGAAGGAGGAGGCCGUAAAGGAGAAAAUGAUGAAGAACCUGAAACUGCAAAGGAUGGGGGUCCCGUCUGACUGUGCUGGGAUUGUCUCCUUCUUGUGCUCCCCCGACGCAAGCUACAUCACUGGGGAGACCGUGGUGGUGGGCGGGGGCGCCCCCUCCCGCCUCUGAGCCUCAGAACACAGAUGGCCUGAUGGACGGAUGGAUGGGCGAGCCCUCAUUGGCUAUUGGGGUGCACUCCUCGGGGGGGGUCUGGGAGAGAAGCAGGUUUGGGUGGCAGGAAUUCUUGGUGGCACUAAAGGGAAGUGGGAGAGCAAGAUUUGGGGGGGACUGGAGAGAGCCAGUGGAUCAGCUUUUGGGGGGCAGGGUGCUGGGGUGACCUGUAUGGGGGGUUUCCUUUGGGGAGAGAGAGGCAGGGGAGUUUUGGGGAUGGGGGAAGGAAGGGGGGACCCAAGGAGUGGAUGGGGGCAGGGAGUGAGCACGAGGGAAGUACUGGGAUACACAUCUGGGAGGAGGGGUGUGGGCAAUUUUGGGGGACAGCGGUGGGGUGGGAGAAGAAGGGGAGAUUUAGGCAUGCUGCGGUGGUGGAUUUGGGGGGAUGGACCCCCAUGUGGGGAGGGGGGCUGAGUAUUGGGGGGCACGGGGACCCCCUGCCAUUUCCCCCCUUACCCCAUCUCUCUGUGUUCUAGACUUGAUAAAUUGUUGCUGCAUCCUC